CAGGCAGUCUCUCUGCUGUGCUGAAGGAUGGAUUUAGGGGAAGACGAGUGCACCCAUUUCCUGCAGUACGUGGAGGACAGUGGUCUGAGGGCGUAUGACGAGCUGGUUAUCCAGAACGCCUCUGACAUCGCUAGGGAGAGCGAUCGCGUCCGCAACCACACACAGUGGACAUACCUCCAGGAGAAAAACCAGAAGAAGAGACGGCAGGAAGAAGCUAUCAAGAGGAUUGGCGAGGAUGUGGCCCGUGUGACAGAAGGAGGGGGUUACGCAGGCAAACACUUUCGUAUGGGCUUCAUGACGAUGCCGGUCCCUCAGGACCGUGUUCCUUCUUCCUGUGGGCCAGGAUUCACCGUACGCUCACAGUCUCUGCACUCGGUGGGAGGGGGAGAGGAGGAGGAAGGGAGUCCCACCUCGAGAAAACAGCCCCCGCCUAAACCCAGACGAGACCCCAACACCAAACUCAGCACCUCCUCUGAGACCGUCAACACUGUGCUCAGCACUGGGAAGAGCGGGACCGAAACAGAGAAGUGUGACGCAUCGAAAUCCUGCAGUGAGGAGUACCGUCGCAUGCCUCCACCCAAACCCAAACGCAACCCCAACACCCAGCUCAGCACAUCCUUUGACGAGUCUUACAUUCAAAAACAUGGCAGCAAAGCUAAGUCAGCCUCUCUCCCGCGUCAACACAAAAAGAAGUCGGCAUCUCAGAAUCAAAGCCCUGCCCCCGACACUGAUGAUGAGGCGGAGCCGGUUUAUAUAGAAAUGGUGGGGAACAUCUUACGAGACUUUAGUCGAAUUGCCGCCGCUAAUGGCGAUGAGGAGGAUGACCAAGGUGAAAGUGUGUAUGAGGAGAUGAAAUAUCCUGCCUUCGACGAUUUAUCUUCAUCUUUAGACCACUUACAGUCACGAUGGGAGCAAUGUCCCACUGCUUUGGUGCCGGAAGUCGAACUAACACGACCCACCACUCCACGUGGUUCACUGUGUGACAUUCCCGCCCCAUUCCCGAAUCUGCUUUCCCAUCGACCUCCUCUAUUAGUAUUUCCACCUGCACCAGCCCAGUGUUCCCCCAACUCUGACGAAUCCCCUCUUACUCCAUUAGAUGUCACCAAACUGCCCAUGUUGGACAAGGUCGGGUAUGGGAAACCUGGUGCAUCCCCAACUAGUGCCGAGCCUGGACCACAGCUGGAGGUGCAGCAGGUGUCUGCUAAACACCACCACCACCACCACCAUCAUCAUCAUCAUCAUAAGAAGUCUGCAGAGACUAAGGAGCAGCAUACAAUCACAGCAUCAGGACGAUCAUCUGCUCCUCCUCUGCCAUCUGCGCUUUAUAAAAGUGGCGGGUCAUCCGCGGCACACGGUUACCCAAGGAGCCACUCCGCCUGCCCGUCCCCUGUCAGUAUGGGUCGUGCAUUAACGCCACUCACCUUGAAGCGCCCCCCGCCGUACGACGCUCUCAUGACCGGGACAAUUCCUCGCAGCGCAUCUGGGGUUCCAUAUGGAUCACGUGAAAGUGGACGGCUCUCGAAUUCCUCCAGUGUGUAUGGAGGGUCCAUGCAAAACGUCUCCACUGCUUCGGGUUCAAGCUCAGGGUCGGGAGGUCGAGGCAGUCGUACACCGACCAGUCCUUUGGAUGAACUCAGCAACUUGUUCUCUUCCGGACGUAACAUGUUGAAGAAAGGUUCUGGAAACCGCAAGAGUAAGGAGUCCGCAGAUGGUGAAAGUAAAGUCAGAAGUGACAGCAGGGAUAGAGCCCAUCGCAGCUCUUCUCCGAAAUCACAGGAUUGGGAAACGCCCACAGGACAAUCAGCCACGCCCACAGCCACGCCCAGUCACUUUGGCCGCUCCUCCAUUAGCCCGACCACCAUGCUUGGAGAAACAAAAGCCGGGUGUAAACUUGGUCGCUCUGCAUCUACAUCAGGAGUCCCAUCCCCUGUGGGAACGCCUCAGAGACAUGCCCCCGAUGCCUCCGCCCAUCCGUGCGGGACUCCGUUCCAGAUGCCCCCAAUGCCCUGGGCAUGUGGGGACAGCACCAUGAUGGAGACGAUCGAGAAGAAACGUCAUCUGUGCAAGGAGAUAAAAGCCAGACAGAGACCUUCAGACAAAGCUCUGUGCAAACAGGACAGCAUGCCCAUCCUGCCCAGCUGGAAGAAGACCAACGGGGGCAAGAAAUUCGGGCCCCCUCCGUAUUCCACCCAAACCACUGUCUUCUGGGACACUGCUAUAUAAAUGGUGACCAGCGAUCUACAGCCAUGGAGACAAAUAUUGGUUGACAGCUAGA